AUGCUGGAUCAAGGAUCGGGUGAUGAGAUAGAGCAUUCAGAAUAUGAAUUUGCAAUACCUCCAAAAGGACCUUUCAAAAAUUUCAAUAAAAGACAUGAAGACAUUGCCAACAUACUAAAAAUACCAAUUGAAGAUCAAUAUCUUAGAUUCAUAUUCAAAGUUGCAAUUGCAUUAUGUGAUCCUUUUACACAACCUGAAGAAAAUGAUGAUAAUACAUUGGGAGUUCAACUUAUUUCUGAUUUAUUAAUCAGUUUCCUGUAUGAUAAAUAUGAAAAAGAUGAAUUCAUGGAAUUAGAUUCUAUAAAAUUUGAUCUUUCAACUAAAUUUUUCCAAUUAGUUCAAUUAAUUCAUUUAGGAUUAAAUGCAAAUGAUGAAUUAAGAUUGAGGUUUAUAGAUAAUUCAGAUAAAAACUGGGCCAAGUCAUUAUCAAAAUGGACUCCAAAUCCUUCACUUGCAUCGAAUGAACAUAGUUUAAAAUUAGUUUAUUCAGUAGCGUGUGUUUUAUUGAUGGCAAUUUAUAAAUUAAUGCCUAAUCAAGAUGAUAUUUUUAAUUUACUGCAGAAUCCUUAUUUACAUACUUUUUUAAAACUUUGGAAAUGUCAUACAAAUAUAAUCUUGUUGGGUCUUGAAAUUGAUAGGAGAAUUGAGUUUAAUAAUCUUAAACAUGAUUCUGAAUUAGAAACACCACCAAUAAUUUUACAAGUAUUAAAAGGCUCAAGUUCAAUAAGAUAUGUUUUAGCUUGGGCAUUGAAUAAAAAUCCAUCACUGUCUAUAAAUGGUGAAUCAUAUGAAAAAAAAUUAGAUAAUGAUUAUUUAAAGGAUUUCAUAGAUUUAAGUGAUGAACCAAUUUUUAACUUUAUACAACCUUUGGCAAGAGUUAUAGACAACGGUGGUGCUAUACUGCUUGAUAUGAGAUUAAUUAUGAUUGCGUUAUUGGUUCUUUAUUCAGGUACUUCUUUCACUAGUGAACAAUAUUCACAAAUUGAUGAACCAUCAAAGAAUAAAGAGCACGCAAGUAGAAAAUUAAACCGCUGUAAAAGUGUAUCUGAAAUAGGAGAUAUUUUAAUUGAUUUGGAAUAUGCUGAUAGAUUUGAUGAAGAUAUCAAAUAUAUGUUGGAAGAGUAUGAAUGUCUUGAAGAAAGUGAAGAUGAUGACGACGAAGAUGAAGAAGAAGAAGUGGAAGAAGAUGGGAGUGAUGAAAAUGAUGAAGAGAGUGAACUGAUUCGAAAAAAUUACACCAAAGAAGAAAUCAAAAGAAGACUGAAACAAGUGGAAAAUGAAGACGAAAAUAUUGAUAUUCAAUUUGAUGAAUUUGGUCGAGAUUGGAGAGAUAUAGCUAGAGGUGAAAAUGGAGAAUUUAAAACAGAAACUCUUAAAUUAUUUAAAACAGUUGACUCUUCUAGAGAAUAUAUUUUGCACGAAUGGAGUGAUCUUGAACUACGUUUUGAAUAUUUAGGUCGAAGAAGUAUUGAAAGUAAUGCCAGUCAAGAGCAAAGUAUGGGUCAAAGAAUAAUAAACACAAUUUCAAAAGCUAUUUAUGAUGAAAAACAUAAUAUAAAAUCACAAAUAACUCCUGAAAAAAUUUACAAAUAUUGGACAUCUCCAGCAACUGAUAAUCAAAUUGAAAUAGUACAAGAUCAAAAUAAAACAAUAAUACCAAUUUUUAGAAUAACAAAUUUUGAAUUGUUUUUAUUAAGUAAUUCACAAUUAGCAAGAGCAUGUAUGGAUGAAAUGUUGAUGUGUAAUGGUCAUAGAAGAAUAAUUAUUUGGUUCUUAACUCAUGAUAUUAAUUUAUCAAAUACUUUAGUUGAUUAUGUUUUCCAACUUUCAGCUGGAUUGAGAGGUCAAUUUGAAACAACUAAACCUUAUAUUUUCACAAGGAAAGGAGAUAAAUUAAUAUUAAGUGAAGUUGAACAACUGAUGUUAUUACAUGAAUUUUUUACGAAUAGUGCUUUUUAUUUAACUGCAAAUGAAGGAUUAGAAAUUGAUGGUGGUUAUGAAGUUGUAUUGGCUGAAUCAAUUGCCAAAAAAUUGAUAACUAUACUUUGUUUAAUGAUUAAUCAAUUAAUCAGGUUGGAUAUCAUCAAAUUGGAUAAAAAUUUUAGUAAAAAAGAUGAUAUACAUGACUAUAGUAAUGAAUUACUGGUUUUAUUAAUUGGAUGGAUUGGUAAAGUACCUGAAGCAAGACAGCUCUACUUCAAAGUGAAACUGGCCAACAACGAACAAGUUGAAAGAAUAGUAGAAGAAGAACCAGUUGAAAUAACGUCAAGACAGGAAGUCGAAUUAUUUGUCAAAUAUGACAAAAUGACACCAAAUGAAGUUAAUAAAGAUUUAGCUUCAAAUCCAGUGCAUUGUAAAAUUAUAGCAAAUUAUGCAAGUAAAAUAGAGCAAGAUUUAAUUUCAGUCUACAAUAAAGAUCCAAACAAGAACACAAACAAUCUCCAACAAAUUGAAGAAGAUUUCAAAAAUUUUAUAAAAUAUUUCAAUGCCUUAUGUAAAAUUGAAGCAUUAUGUGAACAAUUAUUUGAAAAAUCAGAAGCUGUUUUAUCUAGUGGUGACAUUACGCAAUUUGGUAAAAUAUCAGAACCUGAAUUAAUUGAAGAAUCUAAAAAUAAAAUAGAAAAUGAAGAUGAUGCUGAAUUUAGUUCUGAUUUUUUGAAUGGUCAAGGUAAAUUUCAAGAUAAAUCAAAAUCAAAACAAUCAACAAAGAAAAAAUCCAAAUCUAAAAAGAAAAAUAAAUCAAAAAGAAGGGGUUAA